UGUGGGAACGAGCAGAAAGCAGCAGAUCAACAUCAUUCAGCUCCAGACGUCCGCACGCCGCGCGGUCCGGCCCUCUCUCUCUCUCUCUCUCUCUCUCUCUCUCUCUCUCUCUCUCUCUCUCUCUCUCUCUCUCUCUCUCUCUCUCUCUCUCUCUCUCUCUCUCUCUCUCUCUCUCUCUCUCUCUCUCUCUCUCUCGCUCACACACACUCACUCACUCACUCACACACACACACACACACACACAAACACACGCACACACACCGCGGCAUUUCGCAAAGGAGACAGCCAGCCGUCCACACCGCUGUUCUUUUCUUCUUCUCCUGAAGAGACACUCUCCAAAGACAGAAACACCGACCAGUUUCUUCUUCUUUUUUUUCUUUUUUUUUCUUCUUCUUCUUUUUUUUUGUGGUUGUUGUUGUUGUUCUUCUUCUGAUACUAGAGCAGAGACUCAUGCCACAUAGGUUACUUUUCCCUGCGAGGUCCUCUCCCGAGUUGCGUUCCUGGAUUUAAGUGCGUCUCUGGCGAAGUCCGUCCCAGUCGGCGCGCGGCGGCUGCACCGUUUCUGUCAUUUCGGCUGGACGACGACCACCGGACGCCGCUCGCUCGUGCCCCUCUCUUUGACUCGAGCCGGGAGCGAUUCCACGCCUGACAAAAGUACGGAUGCUUGAAUCUUUGAAUUGACGGGUGCAAGUACAGAGAAGAAGAAAGGCAAAGCAGAGGAGGACAGAGAAGAAGAGGAAGAAGGAAGAAAAGAGGGAAGAAAGCAUAAAGUUCUUUUUGGAAAGAGAGAAAGAAAGAGACGGGGACGAUGGGGAGGAAAAAGAUUCAGAUCACGCGGAUUAUGGAUGAACGCAACAGACAGGUGACGUUUACAAAGCGAAAGUUUGGCCUGAUGAAGAAGGCGUACGAGCUGAGCGUGCUGUGUGACUGUGAGAUUGCCCUGAUCAUCUUCAACAGCACCAACAAGCUGUUCCAGUACGCCAGCACAGACAUGGAUAAGGUCCUGCUCAAAUACACCGAGUACAACGAGCCCCACGAGAGCAGGACCAACUCCGACAUUGUGGAGACAUUGAGAAAGAAGGGCCUAAAUGGCUGUGACAGCCCAGACCCCGACGCAGACGACUCGGUCGGCCACAGCCCCGAGUCCGAGGACAAGUACAGGAAAAUAAACGAGGACAUUGAUCUGAUGAUCAGCAGACAGAGACUGUGUCAGGCUGUGCCACCUUCUAACUACGAUAUGCCCGUGUCCAUCCCUGUUAGCAACCAGAACAGUCUCAUUUACAGCCAUCCCGGUGGCUCCCUAGGCAACCACAACCUUUUGCCUCUGGCGCACCAUGGGCUACAGAGAAACAGUAUGUCUCCCGGAGUCACACACAGACCCCCCAGUGCAGGUAACACAGGUGGCCUCAUGGGUGCUGACCUCACCACUGGCGCGGGCACCAGUGCUGGAAAUGGUUAUGGGAACCACCGUAACUCACCCGGUCUGCUGGUCUCUCCUGGUGGCAUGAACAAGAACAUGCAGGCUAAGUCUCCCCCACCCAUGAACUUGGGCAUGAACAACCGCAAGCCGGACCUGCGCGUGCUGAUCCCUCCUGGCACCAAGAACAACAUGCCCUCCAUCAACCAGAGAAUAAACAACUCCCAGUCUGCCCAGUCAUUGGCCACCCCGGUGGUAUCAGUAGCAACCCCCACUCUGCCAGGACAAGGUAUGGGCGGUUACCCAUCAGCCAUCUCUACUUCCUACGGUACAGAGUAUUCCCUGAAUAGUGCAGACCUGUCCUCGCUGUCUGGCUUCAACAGUGGCAGCUCUCUUCACCUUGGCUCAAUGAGCGGGUGGCAACAGCAGCAUCUUCAGAACAUGCAGCAUUCAGCCCUAGGGCAACUAGGAAAUUGCUCUAGCUCUCACUUAUGUCAGGGUUCAAAUCUCUCCCUGCCCUCUGCUCAAAGCCUGCACAUCAAGUCCGAACCUGUUUCUCCUCCUAGAGAUCGCACCAGCAACACACCGGGGGGCUACGGCGGCGGGGUGCCGCCUCCCCAGAAUCCCUCCUCCCGCCAGGAUUCGGGACGCUCCCCUGUCGAUAGCCUGAGCAGUUGCAGCAGCUCCCACGAGGGCAGCGACCGUGACGAGCACAGGAACGAGUUCCAUUCACCUCUGGGACUGGCCCGGCCCGCCCUGGACGAGCGCGAGAGCCCCUCCAUCAAACGGGUGCGCCUGUCAGAGGGAUGGGCGACAUGAUGGCGCCCUCUCCUCCUCCGGCAGCACCCCCCCCACCCCACCCCGAGUCGCCCUGAGCCCCCGGCACACAGCGUCACGAUGCCCCCCCCCACCCCUCCCCAAGUCACUCCCUCUUCUC